AUGGCGCCCGCACCAGAUUCCGCUGCCUCGCUCAUCGGCAUUGCCAAUCUACCAAACCAGCGACACAAGAUCGUCGCAAAGAGAGGCGCUGGCUUCACUAUAAUGGUUGCCGGCGAGUCAGGCCUAGGAAAGACAACCUUUAUCAACACCCUAUUCUCCACCACUAUCAAGAACUACACCGACCACAAGAAGCGGCAUGCCAAGCAGGUCGACAAGACCGUCGAGAUUGAGAUCACAAAGGCUGAGCUUGAGGAGAAGUUCUUCAAGGUCCGCCUCACCGUCAUCGAUACACCCGGCUUCGGCGACUAUGUCAACAAUCGCGACUCGUGGAUGCCCAUCAUCGAAUUCUUGGACGAUCAGCAUGAGUCCUAUAUGCUCCAAGAGCAGCAGCCCCGACGAUCCGACAAAAUCGAUCUCCGCGUCCAUGUCUGCCUCUAUUUCAUUCGACCUACCGGCCACACACUCAAGCCUCUCGAUAUCGAAGUCAUGAAGAGACUGUCUACACGCGUCAAUCUCAUCCCAGUCGUCGCCAAGGCUGAUACCCUCUCACCACAAGACCUGGCUGUCUUCAAGCAGAGAGUCGGAGCAGUCAUUGCAGCCCAAGGCAUCAAAAUCUAUCAGCCGCCCGUCGAGGAAGACGAUGAGGCUGCUGCUCAGCAUGCCCGUGCUUUGAUGGCAGCCAUGCCAUUUGCCGUCAUCGGAUCAGAGAAGGACGUCAAGACCUCAGACGGCCGAAUCGUCAAGGGUCGCCAGUAUGCUUGGGGCGUUGCUGAAGUUGAGAACGAGGACCACUGCGAUUUCAAGAAGCUCCGAUCGAUCCUUAUCCGUACUCACAUGCUUGACCUCAUCCACACCACAGAAGAGAACCACUACGAGGCCUAUCGCGCACAGCAAAUGGAGACGAGGAAAUUCGGCGAAGCUCGUCCUAGGAAGCUGGACAAUCCCAAGUUCAAGGAGGAGGAAGAAGCCCUCCGAAAACGUUUCACCGAGCAAGUCAAGGUCGAGGAGCAGCGAUUCCGCUCGUGGGAGCAGAAGCUCAUCGGCGAACGCGAUCGUCUCAACAAGGAUUUGGAAGCCACGCACGCCCAGAUCAAGCAGCUCGAAUCCGAACUCGAGCAGAUGCAGGGCAGUGCAGCCAGGAGUCAUGGACGCCGUUAG